ACCCGCCAUUCUCGCUCACACGCCCUCGCCCCAGCCCUUCCAUGGAAGCCACACCUCUGCGCCGCCAUUCACGCCUCCGCGCUGGUCGAAUCCCAAUAUUUCAUGGUCGUCAGACUGUGUUCAACGGUGUGCCCUUGGCUCCCCCUCCCCUACCACUGUAGCCGAUUUAGGGGCUACAGUGCGCCCCUAAACCCUUCACCCGCUUCCUCCUCCUCCUCCUCUCCCCUCCCGAUUCCUUCUCUCUCCCGCUAAAUGGAUGAGCACGCUAUGUCGGAUUUCUCCCUCGCAGUCGGUUCCUUCGGCCACACGAUCGCGCGCUAGGAAAACUCCGCGGAGGGCGAAGGAGGCGAAGCAAGGGCGACGUAUCCGCCGCCGGAGAAGGUAGCCGUCGAUCCGCUUCAUUCGAGCUUCAAGGUCCACCCGCGAUGAGCAAAGCAGGCGACGGCCCCUGCUCGGCCCCGGUCCCGACGGCCACGGUCGCGGCGGCCGCGGUGCAGAAGCAGAAGUCGCUACUGCAGAAGGCAGACGCCGACGUCUCCAGCCUCGUCGACAAUUUCUCCUCCCUCAUCAACAUCGCCCGAGUCAACGAUCCGCCAGUGUGCAACUCGCAGGAGGCCUUCCAGAUGGAGAUGCGCGCCACCCGCAUGGGCAUGAGAAUCUAGAAGGCUGCACAGUUGUUCCAAGUGUACUAUACUAUAAAAGCAAUGCAUGAGCUUCUUCCAGGUCUUAAGUUCUGACAAGCUCAACUUGGCUCCAAUCUAGUUAAUUUACAGGACAAGGAGGAGUUGAAUUCAGCCAAUUGUUCUUUUUGUCACUGUCAUCAGUUUAUAUCAUGUACAACAUAUAAGUUGUUGGGUGAUAUACUCUUAUUAUAGCUUGACUGCUUGAGAUAGGCAGUCUAUAGAAUCAUAAAGGAUAUGCUUCCUCGUAUCGGUGAAAUAUUAGUCCUUCUAGGUCUGUCCUAAGUCAAACUCUUUUACCUUUGACCUUCAGUAUGUGAAGUUUUGUAUAGAUUGAGAACGCAAGUUUCACAUGGCUAGACGCAUUAUAAAAACUGAAAA